AUGCCUGGCUGGGUAGUAUCUACGCAAGACGUUUACGACACAUCUGGCUUCCUGAACGUCAGCAUGAACACAACGGAAGUGUUCUCCUCAACAGUAAGGGAUCAAUACAGAUUCGACCCCUCUGAUGUGGUGGUGUUGAGGAACGGCAGCACGGUGCUCAGAUACAGGAACGGCAGCACAUCUGACUGCUUUGCAGCAUAUGGCACGCAUGGCACUCAAAAAUGGGCCCACGAGGUUCGCAAUGAGGAGAUGGAGAUGGGCCAGAGCGCCGAGCACCAUGCGGUGGUGGCAGACGUACUCUGCACAGGGUUUGCGACAGUCAACGGUAACAAUCUCCUUGACUUCGGCACAUCACUUAUCCCUGGCGUGCUUCUGGCAAACACACCCCAACUGGUCCUCUCCUACUUGUACAUUGCGCUGAAUGCUCUCUACACGAACAUGUUCGUCUCAGCAGAGUGGGCAAGCUACGUCAAAACACGGAAACCACUCUGCGUUACAUCGCCCACUGGCUUCCAACGCGACUCAUACUGGCUCAACGCGCCCUUCCGCUACGCUAUUCCCAUAACUAUCAUGCCAGGUCUCUUCCAUUGGCUCGCAUCACAGAGCAUCUCCAAAGUUCAGGUCUCCAUUACCGACCUACAUACGCGCAAAGCCGUCAACGAAAUUUCAACAUGCGGCUAUUACCCCGUUGCGAUCAUUCUGACCACUGUCGUUGGCUUCACUAUUGUAGCCGGCGCCUUUGUCAUCAGCAGGUUCUGGUGUCUGGCUGGUAUACCUUUGGCUAGUAGCUGUCCUGCUGCUAUUAGUGCGGCGUGUCAUGCGCUGUCGGAAGAUGUGAACGCUAGUCUUUUGCCGGUACAGUGGGAUGCUGUUACACAUGGUAAAGCGGGCGAGGACGGUGAGGAGCCGAUCGGCCAUUGCUGUUUUACGAGCUUCCCGGUUGAGAUGCCUAUCCCGGGGCGGUUGUACGCCUAA